AUGGCGGACACAGGGGAACCCACAUGGAGAGAUUCUGGACGGGAGGAAGAUGAAGACAUGGAGGGGACAGAGAGCGAGGAAGAGGAGGAUGAGAUUAUGGAAGAGAACGAGGAGGAGGAAGAAGAGAAGGACGGAGGACUCGAGAGAGUGUACCUACCCGGGGUGGAGCCCCUGAAGGAGGGAGAGGAGCUGGUGAUGGACCAGGAUGCCUACACUCUCUAUCACCAGGCACAGACAGGUGCGCCAUGUUUAAGUUUUGAUGUAAUUCUGGAUAAUUUAGGAGACAAUCGUUCAGACUACCCUCUGACUCUUUUCCUUUGUGCUGGAACUCAGGCUGACACCUCCCAAAGCAACAGGUUGUUGGUAAUGAAGAUGCACAACCUGCAUCGGACCAGCAAAGAGAAGAAAGACGGCUCAGAUUCUGAGAGCAGUGAUAGUGAAGAUGAAGAUGAAGAGGAGAAAAAGCCACAGCUGGAGCUUGCUAUGGUUCCACAUUACGGAGGCAUUAACCGUGUUCGGGUCUCUACACUGCUGGAUACCCCUGUAGCUGCAGUUUGGUCAGAGAAGGGUAUGGUGGAAAUCUAUGAUCUGCAGAAGCAGUUGGCAGCUGUUUCAGACUCCCAGGCCUUGGCUACAUUUCUGAAGGAAGAACAAGCCAAGAUCAAACCAGUCUACUCAUUCUCUGGUCACAUGACUGAAGGCUUUGCCAUGGAUUGGUCUCCAAAGACAGCAGGGAGGUUGCUUACUGGUGAUUGCAACAAAAACAUCCAUUUAUGGAACCCUAAAGAAGGAGGAACUUGGCAUGUUGACCAGAGACCAUUCACUGGCCAUACGAAAUCGGUGGAAGAUAUUCAGUGGUCUCCUAAUGAAGCCACGGUUUUUGCUUCCUGCUCAGCUGAUGCAUCAGUUCGUGUUUGGGAUAUUCGAGCAGCUCCCAACAAGGCAUGUAUGCUGACAGCUACCCAGGCUCACGAUAGUGAUGUGAAUGUCAUCAGCUGGAACCAAAAUGAGCCUUUUAUUGUCAGUGGAGGAGAUGACGGUGUCCUAAAAAUCUGGGACUUGCGGCAGUUUCAAAAAGGAGUCAGUGUGGCAAAGUUCAAACAACACACUGCGCCUAUCACAUCAGUCGAGUGGCACCCUACUGACAGUGGUGUAUUUGCUGCAGCUGGCGCUGAUGACCAGAUCACUCAGUGGGAUCUUGCUGUGGAACGAGAUCAGGAUCAGGAAGGAGAAACUGAAGAUCCUGCUUUGGCCUCAAUUCCACCACAACUGUUGUUUGUUCACCAGGGAGAAAAAGACAUUAAAGAGUUACACUGGCAUCCACAGUGCCCAGGCAUAGUCAUCAGCACAGCGCUGUCUGGUUUCAAUGUAUUUCGCACUAUCAGUGUGUGUGAGGACAUUACUCAUUCUAGAUGUAAGGACAUACUAUGCCAUGGCCUUUCGCCCACCAUUUCAACCAGAAAAUGGGCUCAGCUCACUGUUUUUCUGUGGAAUGUUACUGGACUACUGUGGUUUGUGUGGGCGAUUACUCAAAAAAAAAAAAAAAAAAACUUCUCAUUUUUAAGGAGAGGUGCUUUCUUUAGGCCAUACAGGGAAAAACAUCUCAUAGUUACAGAAGACACACCCAACCUUGAAAAGAUUAGUGGUCAUGGUAGUGUCAAGCAUGCUCUCUGCUCAUACACUGACAAGACUGAAUAUAUAUGGCAAAUUAUUAUUUGUCAACCCUUCCUUAAUGUUUCAAUUUCGUUGACCAGUGUUUAA